AAUGAGUUGGGUGAAUCUACUGUAGCUCCAAUCAGAUGUGGUCCAUUCUCACAUGUAGUGCAUUUUAAUAUAUGGUAUGGAUUUGCUACAACUUUGAUACCAACAGGUUUUUACCAUUUGAGCACAUUUGCUAAGCCUACAACUUUUAUCCAACCAGAGCAGUAAAAAAACAUUGACAUACAUUCCACCAAGAGUAGAGAAGUUAUCAGUUACAAAUAUAGCAUACUUUUACAUGUUGGCAAAGUCGAAAUCAAAUGUUAAACCUAUCUCUGUAAUAGUUAAAAAAGAAAAAAAAAACUAGGUCAGGUGAAAAAUUGAAAAAAGAAGUACAAAAUAUUUAGAUAUAUUCCAACUGCAUCUACCUUUUCCUACAGUAGGACCGUUGCAUGAUUACAAAGCUUGUAAUAAAAUAAUAAAGAGACCACUGUUCCUUUAAGAGUGAUCAGGAGCGAUUCCAUGUUUAGGUUUUGAUAAUGGGCGUGGCGUGUGGCGCAGUAAAUUUCAGGAUAAAAGAGUGAAAAGAAAAAAAAAAAGCCCCGAUCAAGAGUGUAUUUGUGUGAAUAACUCAUAACAGCAUGUCCUCCGGAGAAUGGAAGAAAAGGUGCGAGGAUGAGUGGGGUCUGGAGGGCGCGCCGAUGCCCGACAGCGUGGACUGGAGAUCUGUGUAUGAAGCCAAACCUUUCAACAGAAACUUACUGAAGAAUCCAUCUCCCUACGUGGUUCGUCAUGACAGCGGGACAGGUGAAGGGGGCCUGUCUGAAGUGCCUGCUCGCCGGGGCCUCUGUAUUCCUGGAUUUAUUGAAGGAGAUUUCAGUGACUGGACCACAAGCACAGAGGAUAUUCCUUCUGACUUGAGUGGAAUCCCCAAAGGAGCUGUAGUCUGUGCUGUGCCUAAAUAUAGCUGGUAUACUAUGGAGCAGACUGUGGACUUGAAGGCUGAAGGUCUGUGGGAGGAACUACUUGAUGAAUUCCAACCUGAGAUUUUUAUCCAAGAGUGGUAUGAGGAAAGUUGUCUUCAUGAGUUCAUAUAUCAGCUCCAUGUGAGGUUACUCGGAGCAGACAAAACUAGUGUCAUUGCUGAGCACACAUACAACCCCACUGAGGAGCGCGGUGUUUACUCUCGCAAUCACAAAUGGAAGGAAGUGUCGCACGUGUUCUCCGGGUAUGGUCCUGGAGUGAGACAAGUUCAUUUUUUGCACAGACUGAAGAACCAGUUUCUGAAUGGAUUUUACACCACAGCAUCCAGUGGCAGCUCAGUUAUUGUGAGACCAGUUAAAUCUCAUUGAAAGGUAUCAACUGUAUUAAAGUCUGGAAGGUACAAAAGUUACACAUCCCAUACCAAAGACUAUAAAUCUGUUAAAACUACCUACUAAACCAGCUUUGUGUUUACACCAGGAUUUUGACUUUAAAAAAAUAUUUUAUAUGCUGUAUUAAAAAAAAAACAUGUCCUGCAUUAUUUCAGGUAAUAGCAAUUUACAAAUUAUAGACUUUUCUUGCUCAACAUUGCAUGAACUGUAACUACUCAGACUUGCACUAUUAAAAUAUA